AUGAAUGUAUUACAAUCAACAAACUCGACAACAAGCCUGUUACAUGGACAAGUGGCCUCAAAUACGGUAGAAAGGUUAUGGGCAGAUUGGUACUUGUACAUUGGAAAUGAUAUCCUUGCUACGGGGCUUCUAUUUUUCUUAGUUCACGAGAUCAUGUAUUUUGGUAGAUGCUUGCCUUGGUUUAUCAUAGACCAAAUACCAUACUUUAGAAAAUACAAGAUUCAACCCGACAGCAUACCCACAAAUCAACAACAAUGGGAAUGUUUCAAAGCUGUUCUCAAGUCGCAUUUCUUAGUCGAGGCAUUGCCAAUUUGGUUAUUCCAUCCUUUGUGUGCUCAACUAAAUAUAAUCUAUGGCGUUCCAUUUCCUUCAUGGAAAAUUCAGGCUUGCCAGAUUACAUUUUUUUUCAUCUGUGAAGACCUUUGGCAUUAUACAUUUCAUAGACUUUUCCAUUACGGAUGGUUCUACAAAAACAUUCACAAGAUUCAUCAUAAAUAUGCUGCUCCAUUCGGGUUCGCUGCUGAAUACGCCCAUCCUGCCGAGGUAGCAGCUUUGGGAGUUGGAACUGUCGGUUUCCCAAUUUUAUACGCCUACGCGGCAACCAAAUUUGACCUGUUACCAUCAAUCCAUUUGUUUACCAUAACUUGUUGGAUUGUCUUGCGCUUGUUUCAAGCGGUUGACUCGCAUUCAGGGUACGAUUUCCCCUGGAGUUUGAAUAAGUUCUUUCCACUAUGGGCUGGUGCUGAACACCAUGAUCAACACCAUCACUAUUUCAUUGGUAAUUACGCCAGUUCGUUUACAGUUUGGGACCGUUUCUUCAGUACUGAAUGUGGCCAAUUGGCUAAACAAAGAAGAGAAAACAGGGCUAACAAAAAGUCAGAGGCUCUUUAUAAAAAAAAUUUGUAA